ACAAAAUUAGCUACUCCCUCCGCCCCGAAACGGAAGUCACAGAUUUGUCUAAAUACAUCCGAAUUUAGUCAAAUCUGUGACGUCCUUUAAGGUCCAGAGGGAGUAUAUUGGAUUGCAUCAAAGUAUGUUUAUUCUCGAUUUUAAAAACACAGAUGAACUUAUAAGGUAGUCAACUAUAUCUGUCAACUUUUCAAUAAAUACAAUGUGCCUUGGUGCACAGCCAUACUUCUUUUUUAUCUCAUAACCAAGUUUCCUGUAUGACCCUACUUGGUCUCUGAUCAUCAAGUUUUCCGGAUGAAAACAGAGGGAAAAGAAUGUAAAUACAACUUAGGGCAGUCCCGGCAGAUGCUUUUCAUGCAAACAGAACAGUACGGGUAGCUGACUAGAAGUGAACUUGGAACCUCUUGCAUUAUUGCGGAAAGGUGUGAUUUGGGGGAAUAUAUGUAGAUCGCAAUAGGUUUCGUGAAUGCCUAUAGAUCAUGCACGUAUGUGGAGAAUUGAUUCUCAAGAGGCUAACUAUAUUUAACCCCAAUAAUACAAUCUUCCUCUGGCAUAUAGUGCAUAUAGUGCGAACAUUUAGCCAACUUUAGUACUAUCUUUGGGAGGUUGCUCUGCAUCUAGAAUGGACAAGGCAUGUAAACCGUCAUUGAAUUACUAAUUGGGAAUUGUUAACUGAAGACAAGUAGCUCUUCAUAUAUGUCUUGUUCACUGUUUGCCUUUGAAGUAGUCCUGAUCUACUAAUAGCUUCAUUGAACAGUUGGUGUUAUGACCAAAAAUCUUGUAGAGCUUUUCCUUCAAAGUUACAUAUGUAUAUUUUGGCACCUCUAUUGAUUUUUUUUCCUACCAUUGUGCACCACAGAACAGAGAGUGACAAAAUCCAGUAUGCUAUACUCUUUUUAUUUAGCGAGACAAUAUAUUAUAAAAAGCUGCAUUCUUCAUCAGGGCUGACCAUAUAGGAAGUGGAUAGUUGGUCAAAGCACAUAUAUUGUUUUUCAGACAUAGCAUUGUGAUUUACAUACAACACUUACAAGCUUUUCAUUGAGCUCAUUUCAGUUGAGCCGUUUAUUUAUCUUACCAUUUUGUAUGAGCCGGAACUAUAUUUACAUUGAUUGUGGAGUUUGUUAUACCUAAUAUGCUUUCUUGAAGCUCCUUCUUUUCUAUCCUUAGAAUUCCUCAAGUCAUCUGGCACUUUUUUCUAAACUGGAACACUAGGAUUUCUAUUAGCCACAUGAAGUGUGCAUUAUUGCUAGAUCUGCACCUCCCCAGUUAGAAAGGCUAAGAUCGAAGCAUCUCCGUGCCUCUAUGGCCCACCCUGGAUCCUCAAUUAUUGAGGCGUCUUCACUAUAAAAAGGCAACCAUCCACAAGAAGUAAGAACACAGCAAGCAAGCAAGCACACAACAAGCAAGCACACAACAAGGACAAGACAACAACUGAAAACCCUAGUACUAAACGAAAAGUUUUCACAGGGUCUAACUGCGAAUGAACACCCAGAGGAAGCCUGGAGACUGGAACUGCUACUCCUGCCAGCACCUCAACUUUGGCCGGCGUGACUUCUGCCAGCGCUGCCGUGCCACACGCUCAGAUCUGCAGCUCGGAGACGGCCGCGAGAUAGGUGGUGUACUGACCUCCCUGGACGUUCGCCCUGGUGACUGGUACUGCAACUGCGGCUAUCACAACUUUGCCAGCCGCUCAAGCUGUCUCAAGUGCGGAACCAUCGUGAGGGACUUCCCAGCAGGCCAAGGUGGCGCUGGUGCUGCUGAGAGUGGUGGAGUUCGUGCUGGGUGGAAAACGGGCGAUUGGAUAUGCACAAGGCCUGGUUGUAAUGUGCACAACUUUGCGAGUAGGGUUGAGUGCUUCAGGUGCAAUGCACUUAGGGAAGCAGGCACCGGGAAGUAAGGACCAACCUGGCCAACCGAGACCGAGAGGUGUGACGAGCCGGCCAAGGAUGAGACCUACCGUCGUCACACUUAGAAGCUGCGAUCCAGAAAGAAUAAAUUUACAUAGUAGUAUGAAUGCUCUAUUGCUGCUAAGUGUUGUGCUACUAUUAUUGCAUGGUUGCGAGGGUAGGAGAAGUGCCCUUUGCUUCCACAUUGUAUUGUAUGCGUGGUCUAGUCAUGCCUCUUUUACGCUGCUCUGGUCGUUGCUGAAAUUGUAUGGCUCGGUGUACUUGAAAUAUUAAUCUUACACACCCUUAUAGGUAUUGUGUAACAGUUGACGUGC